CACACGCCCUCCCUCGCACUGAACAUUCUACAAGCCUCCUCUCUCUCUCUCUCACACACACACCCCACACACACAAGCACAAGCUCCAGCACCUCAAAUCCCCACAGGCCACAGCAAGCAAGUUCAUGCUCCCUCUCCUGAACAUGGAAGCUCCUCCUCCUCCUCCACAGAGCGGCAAGCCGCCGCACCAGCUGAUGAGGACGGUGUCCAUCUCCGUGCUGGUGAUGUCGCUGCCGGUGCUCUACGUCUCCUUCCUCCACGUCCCGCCGGCCGCCCUCUUCAGGGACACCACCUUCUGGUUCCUCAUGUCCAACUCCAUCAUCAUCGUCAUUGCCGCAGACUCCGGCAUGCUCUUCUUCGGCUCCUCCUCAUCUGCCGACGACGGUGGCAUCCCCUUCGCCGUCGUCUCCAGCGGCGAGCCGUCGGCGGGCGUCAAGAGCGGCCACGCGUCGAUGGGCGGCGUAUCUGUCGUUUCCGACGAGGUGGUCGUCCAGGACCAAGCUUUGGUUGUGACGAUGGAGCACGGCGGAGACCACCUGCCGGUGAUCGCCGAGAACGACGACCUCGCGUACGCAUUGGUCGUGAGGGAAGACCAAGCAGAACGAGUGGUGGCGAGCACACCGGCGAGCAGGGAGAUCAUCAUAAGCCCGUCGUCCGCCGCCGCUGAGGUCGUGGCCACCAAGAACGUCGACGUCGGCGCGGUCUUGCCAGGAACGAGGCCAAGAAGCAGGCUGACGGCGAGCCGGAGCCUUGCCGCGCGGGAGGAGAGGCCGGCGGCGACGAGGCGGCGGCACGGCCACGGCCACAGGCCGUCGCACUCGCACGCGCUCGUCCCCGUGCAGGACAAGAGCGUGGUGGUGAGCGAGGAGAAGCGCCUCCGCCGGGCGGCGACAGACAGGCGGCCGUCGCCGGAGGAGGAGAACGAAAAGGAGAGCGAGUACUCGAGGCUGUCGGACGAGGAGCUGAACCGGCGCGUGGAGGAGUUCAUCACCAGGUUCAACCGGGAGAUCAGGCUGCAGGUCGAGAUGGAGCAAGCAGCAGCUGCCUGAUGAGUGAUGACGCCCUGACGCCAUGAAAAUCAAAGCUCUCAAGCUCAAGCUCCAUGCCAUGUCCAUGUGUAGAUGCUGCUAGCUGCUAGGACCUUGGAUAUUUUUGUUCGUGUGUGUUCUGCUCUUGUACUGGUAGCUAGUAGCUGGAGUAGCUUCUUCUCCGAUGGCUCCUCUUGGUAGUCUGCUAUUGCAGGGCAGAACAGUGAGGUGAGAGAGAGGCAGAGAGGGACAUGGAGAUCUGUACAUCAAAAAUGGAGACGACGAUGAGCACUCCAAGAUCGAUCGAGAUCGUACGUGUAGCAGCCAUGAGUGAGGAUUUUGGUUGGAUCUUGCACGCACGCGUGCGUGGGGAAUAAAGUAAAGAAGAUGCAGAGCAAAAAUUGUCGAGAGUUGUAUAAUCAAAAGCUUUGGUGUGGCUGGGCUUUGUUA